AUGCCCAAGGCGGAAUAUCUUCGUCACAACGUAUCGCACGAUGAGCUGGAGACGAAUCCGAAGGAUCUGUCGGCGUUUACGGAUCUCGAGUUUCCUGGGUUCCUGCGUGAUAUGCAAACGUUUUUGGGCAGCCUGAACUAUUAUAGUCGCUUCAUCGAGAAUCAUGCGCUCUACGCGUCUGUACUAUACCAGCUGAGGGAGAUCGCCUAUGCUACGAUGGAGAAGGGCGUCUGGAUCCCCGGUGGAUCCAUGCUCACAGAUCGUUCAAGAUGGAUCGACAAGCUAUGGUGGUUGUAUAUGCCUGUGAUUGGGCAAUCUCCGGUGCAAUUGAUGCAGGAGUAUGCUCAGACCUACUAUCCAGUGAUGUUCGCGAGCCCUACGUUGAAAUCCACCGAGUUAAACUACGGAAUCGCGGAGAAAGAGGUGUUGGCAUUGUUGCGGAUCCUGGAUCUCAACUAUAAUACGUUGUUUGGAAGGCCGACCCGAAUCCAAUGUAUUACAAGGUCGCCUGGGACAGUAGGCCGCGCUACUUUCACCCUGGAUCCUCGAGAUCGUCAAGUGUGCAAGGGCGAGGAUAAGAUCCUGGACAUAUUAGAUGCCAGUAUCACUCCCAGAUCUGAACUCGACGAAGCGCUGAUCUCGAUCGCCCCGAAGAAGGAGCCGAGACGCAAGAUCGAAGCCCCAACCCCGACAGUGAGACCAGAUGAGGAUCUGUAUGUCGCUAGCUUCGACGGAUCCGUCCGUGUCAAGCGAGUGGUGAAGGACAGAUCCGGCUUUGUCGAAGGUUUAACUGUCAAUGAUGCCAAAUAUCAUGACCUUUUGUUAUGCCUUGACUUGCUAGAAGGGACGGAUCCGUUACGACUGGUGAUCCGUGGUUACUCAAACUUGGGGAUCCGCUAA